AAAAGAGCGCAGAGAAAAAUUCUGUUUAUGUUAUGUUGAAAGCUGCCCAACAGUUGUUUAUGAUUCCAGUAUUCCAAGUUCUUGUCUUGAAAAUUAAUUUCUUGUUCCAUACUAUGACUAAACUAUUUGUCACCUUUAAUUAUGGAUGUCCAAGAUAGCACCAGCUCAACAGCAUCCUUAAAGGAUGAGAUAUUUGAAAGCAAUUUUCUUGAGCAGUGCGAUGAAAUUGUUGCUCUAGAAUCAAUUUACAACUCUGGAGAAAAUGAAAAAAUUAAAGUUUUGACACAAGCCAAGAAAGAUAAAAAUCAGCUUUUUAAUUUGCUGAUUACUGUUUGCCCACUGCCUAUUGCUGAUGAAAUUCAAGUUGAGGUAGUUCUGCCCCUUGAUCCAGACGUCAACGACAUGGCAGCUGCAGCUCCAGUUGACUUGAGCUCACUCAAACUGCCAGCAAAUGUUCAGCUGUUGAGAUCACUUUCUGGUCAGAAAUUUCUGUGUUCCUUUAGUGUGAAGUACCUAUCUCCCCUCUACCUCCUAGUAACAUUCCCAGCAUCCUAUCCUUCCAAAGAUGCUCCUCACUUUGAUCUCCAGUGUCCUUGGCUAAGUAAAACUCAAAUAGACUGUAUUGGCCAAGUGUUGGAGAUGCUGUGGGCAGAGGGCAGCCAGAUGCCAAUCAUCUACACCUGGGUCAAUUGGUUGGAGAAUAAUUUAAUUAGCCACUUGGAGAUCCAAGACCUUCUUGUGAUACAACCUGAACUGGAUGGUCACAAAAAUGAGAAACUAAUGUCCUCUCUUACAGAUGUUGUGCCAUGGUAUGAAGACAUAGGGGAAGUCAUUGCAACUAUGAAAAGAUACAAUCAGCAACAAAUGGAUAUUGAGUUUUGUCAAAGUACACACGAGUGUCAUGUCUGCUACCAAGAGAAACUUGGCCAUCAGUUUUUCAGGAUGCACGAGUGUCCUCACACUUUCUGCCAUGAGUGUAUGGCAGAGUUCUGUGAGCUGCAUGUUAAAGAUGGGACAGUAGAAGCUUUAAGAUGCCCAGACAGAGAGUGUAGUGCUAUAGUGCCACCAUACAUUGUGCAAGCUGUGUUAGGACAAGAUGAUUACAUGAGGUGGGAGCAGCUCCUGCUACAGAAAACCCUUGAUGCCAUGUCUGAUACUGUUUACUGCCCUCGCUGUAAUAGUCUUGUGAUUGCUGAAGCUGAAGAAGAGCUCCACUUGGCCCACUGCACUGCCUGCUAUUUUUCCUUUUGCACUUUGUGUAAUCAUGGAUGGCAUCAGGGCCGUGAGUGCCAGACAGAUGAGGAAUUGCUAAACAACAUGGACCAACAUAAAAAUGUGGAUGGACUGAACCCAGCGCAGUUUGCCAAAUAUCGGGAACUGAGACGAAAAUUGCAAGAGGAAAUUGAAGCGAAAAAUUUGAUAAAAAACAAAACUCAAGAUUGCCCACACUGUAGAGCCAAAGUGGAGAAAAUUGGAGGGUGCAACAAAAUGACAUGUAGAUGUGGGAAAUCAUUUUGCUGGCUUUGCAAGAAGAAGAUUGAGGAUUACAGUCAUUUUCAAAAGGGCUGCCAACUUUUUCCUGGAGUCGAAGCUGUAGCUCCUGUUGCUCCAGUCAGACGUCCACCAGAUGCUGUUCUUCGCAUCCAGGCUCAACUGGAGGUCAACCCAGAACUAGGGGUCAACCGCACCUACUGCCCAACUUGUAAACAGAUCAACCUGAAAGGUGCUGACCACAACAACCACAUCAAGUGCUGGAAUUGUAAGAGCAACUUCUGUUUCUCGUGCAAGAGUCGCAUCACUGGCAGCAUCGGUGCUCACUUUGCUGGACCUUGUGUGCAACACACCUAGCACAGUCCUAUAGUUGGACCUGAACCCGAGGAAUGUAUUUAUUUGUAGUGCAGCUUCAGUUUACAUUCUUUUUUAUCCUUCUAAUCAAUCUGUAUCUCCUUACCCCAUGUUUAUCAAUGCAGGCUUGGGCCUUAUAUUUGAAUUGUAGUUAAGAAGGUGCUAGAACUAUUUGUAUAUUCAAAGAGUACAAUUUUACUUAACUUUUUAAUUCUUUAUUUCAAUCUUACCGAAUUCAAAUUUUUAAAGACUUACUGUAGAUUUCAUAGUGAUGGGGGACUUAAAUCAAAUCUUACUUUAUCUUAUUAAUUACUGAUGUUCCUCCUUAACAGAAUUACAUCCUAGACUGGUGGCAAUACUUGAGUUUGAAUCUCAGUGAAGACUGGGAUUUGGAAUUUCAGCAUCUUGACCCAGCUCUAAUGGUUACCUGACAUAAUUAGAGACUUAGUAAACACUGCUAAGUCAUUGACUUUUCUGACUGAUUCAGUCAACUUUUCCUUGCUCUAAUGACAUUGUAAAAUGUUUGGAUGUUCCUUCAGAGUCAAAGAUAAUCUACUUCCUAGUCAAAAACUUUCGCAGAAAAUGGGGGAUGUCAGCAGACAGGUCAUGAAUCCAGGACCAUCGAGGUGACCAGGGGAGAGGUGACCAGUCAGCCAGCCCUUCACUUUGCACACCCAACCAAAAUAAGCUUUUCGAUUUCUAUACACAAAAGUGAAGUAACCAUUUCACAUCUUCUGUUCUGUAAUGCAGAUGAUGUAAAUGUUAUGUUUCUAAGGCUGACGGUUAUGGUCAGCACAAUGACCAACCACCCUUUCUUUCCCUAACUUGUCAGGUACCCAUUAGAGCCGAGUCGACUUAGGUCAUUUCUUAAGAUCCUGAAAUUCCAAAUCCCAGUCUAACUGAGAUUCUAACUCAAGACCCCUGGAAUCAGAAGCCAAACAAUUUUUCUAUAUUUUUUUUAUUAGCAAUAAAAAAUUAUUUUUUUUAGUUUAAAUAAAACUUCCCUAUGAAAUUAAUCAGUAGUCGUGAUAUGGACAAGCUGUUCCUACUGUUUAGAGUUUUGACUAUUGCUAUUAUAAUGACCUACUGGAGUCGUCCAAUCUAUCAUCUCUGUUAAAGGAACAGAAUCCUGAAGUAAUAGAGUUAUGAACAAUGAGUUGAAUGUUGUCAAUGAAUUCUUUUGUCUCUAAAAAGCUUCAGGGUUUUCUUGAUUAGUUGAUAAGUAUGCAUCAAGUUCUUUACUAAUCUGUGAUUAUACUUUCAAUUCAUUUACAAAUGUAUCUAUAAUCAGUAGAUUUUACUACGAUGAAAAAAACUUUUCAAUGUUAAUGUGUUUUAGGAACUUGUGAUAUUUUCUGUGAUGCUGUUGUUGUAUUUUUUCUUCUAAAUGUUGAUUCAUACAUUUCAUGGACAUAUUAAAUAUAUAAAGGCAGCACUAGGGACCAAAAUUUCUAAUGAGAGAAGAUAGUGAAUUAAAUAUAAUGAAAAUAAGAGACUUUAUGGUCUAGAGGUUGGCUCACUUAGUUACUUCUAGUCAGGGAGUUGCUGUAUGGGGGUGUCAUUGUUUUGUGUCCUGGUUGACACUGUCCCUUAUUUUCGUUUACUUAAAUUCAACAUCUUCUCUCCUGACAAAUUUGGUUCCUAGUGCUGCCUUAUGACUGCAUCAUUCAUUGCUUCAGCAUUUAGCUUUACAUUUGUAUUUCAUAUUGUUGUGUGCAUUUUAAAUCCAUACAUCGGGUACUUUAAUUAUCUUUUUUUUAAUUAUUUUUUUGGGGAGCUUUACAUUUUUAACAUGUGUAAUUUAAUACUUGCUUUAACAUUUUUAGAAAACUGCUACAAAGUUUAAAGUAAAAAUAUUUUAUUUUAU